AUGACUAAAACUUCAGGCAUCAAGCCUAGGGAGUACCAAGCUGUGAACGAUUGCAUUGUUAUUAACAUAGGUGAUGCCAUAUACGAUCUCAAUAGAUCGGUUCAGAAGCUAGUCCAGAUGGGUAAAGCUGGGGCUCUGGACUUUGCGUGGCACAUGAGCAAUGUACAGACGUGGGUCAGUACCGCGCUCACCAAGGAGAGCACUUGUGUUGAUGGAUUUUCUGACCAAGGCAUGGAAGGAAAUGUGAAGACUACUAGUAAUGCACUUGCACUGGCGAGCCGCUAUGCGUGCAACAAGACACAAAGCUGCUUUGACCACCAACAUUCCUUGAUUAGAUCUCUUCUUCAAAGUGUCUCAUUGUGCAGGUCUGUAGUUUCUGUUCGUGUUGCAUAG